AUGCACGAAAGUUCCGCGAAGAGUGCUGUCGAGGUCGGGUACCUGGACUACGUUGCGGUGAAUGCCGUCGGGAGCGCACCAACGCCGACGCCCACGGCCCCACCCGCCGCCGCGCCUGUUACCCCCGCCGGGGGCGCCACCGCCGCGUUCGUGGGGGUAGAGUCCGGUGCCGCCAUCCUGCCCGAUCAGAUCGGGGGCUCACCGCUCACGAAUGCUGAAGAGGCGGCCACUGAUGACACGAGUGCUUCUAUCGAGUUCGCGGCUACUUCCAGCGAGGCUGCCGCGUACGAAAUGUACUUCCUCGCACCUGCGGCCGUCACGGGCCCGUUCACGAUUACCAUCACGGCACAGCUUGGCACCGUCGCCGUCGCCAGCGACUGGAAGGUGGACAUGUACUCGUUCUUGCCUGUAGGCAGCGACGCCUACUUCGAGGUCGGCGAUCUCACCGGUGUGACAUCUGGAUCUUGGUCGACCAUCACCCUGACCUUCGAUCCCGCGACCCCAUCGAAUUUUUUGUUGCCGAUCGCCAUCGAGUACCUUAUUCAGCUGAGGACCGAGAGUGCCGGUGCGCAGUCCAUCUACGUUGACCAGAUCGUCGUCUCUGACGGAGCACAAGGGCCGUCCCCUGCCCCAGUGACAACUCAACCCGUAGCUGGACCGACCGCUCCGCCUGUGACAGCUCCGCCCAUGCCUCCACCGACUGCUCCGCCUGUAGUUGCCCCCACGGACGGGGCCACCGCCGCGUUCGUGGAGGUUGUGAGUGGUGCCGCCAUCCUGGCCAAUCAGAUCUCGGGCGGACCACUCGCGGUUGCUGACCAGGGGGCCACCAGCGACACGAACACUUCUAUCGCGUUCGCGGCUACGUCCGCCGAGGCUGCGGCGGCCGAACAGUACGAAAUGUACUUCCUCGCACCUGCGGUCGUCACGGGCCCGUUCACGAUCACCAUCACGGCACAGCUUGGCGCCGGCGCCGUCGCCAGCGACUGGAAGGUGGACAUGUACUCGUUCCUGCCUGUAGACAGCGACGACUACUUCGAGGUCGGCGAUCUCACCGGUGUGACAUCUGGAUCUUGGUCAACCAUCAACCUGUCCUUCAAUCCCACAACUCCGGCGAACUUUUUGUUGCCGAUCGCCAUCGAGUACCUGGUUCGGCUGAGGACCGAGAGUGCCGGUGCCCAGUCCAUCUACGUGGACCAGAUCGUCGUCUCUGACGGAGCACAAGGGCCGUCCCCUGCCCCAGUGACAGCUCAACCCGUAGCUGGACCAACCGCUCCUCCUACAGUUGCCCCCACGGUCGCCCCCACCGCGCCGCCGACCCCCGGUCCCGUCCAAGUGGACAUGGUCCCUUGCAUCUUGGCCUCGGAGUCGGUGGAGAAGGACGCGGGUCCCGUGGCUUCGGCGUACCUGUUCAACGAGUUCUACAAGGGCUUCUGGACCGCCACUCAGAGCGUCCAAGCACCCCCUGCCGCUGUGCUGGACCUCGUUGAAGCUUUGGAUGAGGACCACGGCAAGUGCAACGUCGUCUACGUUGGCAUCGUUCCCUCCGCCGCCCAGAAGCAGCAGCUCCAAGACUACUCCCGCAAGUUUAACGUCCGCAUCGUUUUCUUCGACGCCGCCAACACCAUCCUCGACACGGAAGUCCAAGCUAGGCUGGGCAUGCAAUCCAACUUCAACCAACCUUUCGUGGGCGCGCCCAGGGUCAAGCGGACAGGCGGGUCGGCGGACAGCAUCGCCCCCGUCGACAUGGUGACUGACCUCAGCCAAAACAAUCUGUUCAGCAGACCGGUCGUUACUACGGUAGACACUCUACCGGCCGGCGUCAGCAUCUUGGCACAGUACGCGGACGAAAAUGGUGACGUCAUUGCCGGCGAGCUUGCGGGCGUCACUAAACCCGAGAGCGCUGCCAUCGUCGAGUACAUUGGCACCGACGGUCUAGAAGAGAUGCAUGUGUUCAUCAGUCUGGCUUGGUUCGACACAGGAUCAUGGGCGUGGGGGCACUUCAUCUCCGAGUGGGGUACCCGGGGCAUCUUCCAGGCAAGAGCCACUCUUAGUUUGACUUUCGACAACCGCACCACAAAAAAGAACGCGCAUCGGCACACGAGGUUUACGGAUAGUGUUGGUGCCGACGACCAGACCACGCGAUUCAAUGGUGUCUGGAUUUACGACCCUCCAUCCUUCUUCGGGCCGCAGGUUAGGCUUUCGGGAGUCGACCUCCAGAAGUUCCAAAACUCGGAAGCGGCAUUCAACACCGCGUACGGAGCGUCGGUGAAGACAGAGUACGCCUUCAACGGGCUCGGUGUCCUCGACAAGGUGGGAUCUACGAGACGGAGCUGGGUGGGUGCCGACGCCGACAUCGGCCUGCUCCCCAAGGGUGACCCGCCGAACCCGAGCACAGGUAUCCCCCAAAUCAGCGACCCCAACUGGCUGAGCACCCAAUUCAACCCGGCGAAUGGAGAGCAGGGUAUGCAGGACGACUACGACGCCGGGCUGUUCAAUUCCGACGAUCUACUUGCCCGCGUCCAAGCUGACCUGGACGCGUUCUUCUGGCAGAGCCACACCAUGACCCACCUUGCCCGCGACAACCUUGGCAAGAACGACUGCGACAUCGAGGACGGAGGCAACGCACGUAUGGCUGUAAUGUUCGGCAUGUUCGACAACGACAACUACAACUGGCGCAGCAUGACGAGCCCAGGCAUCACGGGGCUGUUCAACCCCAACUGCCUCCAGUCCGGCGACGAGAACCUCAUGAAGUGCUACCCCGGGGACAACACCUAUAGCGGCCCCCCCCUGACGGACGUGUCCCUGAUCAACGAGAACAACCAGUUCCACUCUCUCACCACCACGGUCGGCACGAACGGUUACGCUGGUAUGCAGAUCGUCCCUCGCUUUGCCACGAAUGUGUACUUCAACUGUGUCACGGGCCAGUGCCUCAUCGACGAGAACGAGAAAAUCCGUCGUGACGUGUGCGGCUGCACCGACCUCAACCCAGCCAACCCUCAGGGAACCUGCUCCGCUUGCCCCUCAGGCAUCAAGAGCUUCAACGAUAUUGCAUCUUCCGACCCGUCGAUCGGACCGCUCGAAGCUCUCUUCCAGACGGAGGAGCGAACUACUACCCGCUACAUCCUCACCGGACGCAGAGACAAGUACAUGUUCCACCAGGCGAACGUGAUCAGCACGACUUGGACUGCCGACACGUCGGACCCGAUGUACGUAAGCCCUAGGCCCACCAACAACCCUUCCCUCCUCGAGUACUGGUACAUCCGCGUCCUUGCUGAGAUGGCCAGGUUCAUCAACACGGGUUCCUUCCCCAUCCAGACUCUCAAGUUCGACAACCUGUGCCACAACUUCUACCAACAUGAGGACCUGGACAGCUCGGGUGCCGUUCUGACGGCGACGAAGGACCCCUCCGGUGCCAUCACCGGCUUCUCCCUCGAGACUUCCUCCAACAACGGCGCCCCCGUUCCGUUGACAGUCCCCACAGCUAGCUCCGCAGCGAUCGAUCUGAUCUUGGCCGCGGGCACCCUGUCACCCUCCGCGACCGAAACCUACGGCGCCGACACCACCUACACCUUCGCAGCUGGCACCCUCAACACCGGUACCCUCUCCAAGCCCGACGUCAGCGAGCUCGCCCCCAUCCCUCAGGCAACCCUCACUCCGGCUGAACAGAUAGCCGUUGAGGAAGCGGCGAAGGCGGAACUUAUGGAUGAGAUCCCAUCCAUCGUCGGGGUUGCGGAGGAUGCCCGGGAGGCCAUCGAAGACGAGGCCGGCAACCAAGGCUUCGUCGUGGAGGACUUAGCUGGAGAAAUCCUCGUUAAUCCUGUCGAAUCGGCUGCCAAAACUCCCUAGAAGCUCACUUUGUGGAAGCAGUGCGCGUGAUGUGCCUUACUUUGACGACAGCAGACGAGCGUGUUUUUGUUUGUUUUUUUCCCAUCAUUGGACUCUGUCGUCUGCCCCUCUGGCCGCUAUCCUCCACUUCUACCAGCUAGACGACCCAACCGGGGUCACAUAGGAGGGGGGAGUUGGACCCCCUCCUGCGGUUCCUGCCUGAGAUGUUUUCAUCGUGGGAAGGGUAUAUUGUACAGCAAUCCCUUCCCUCGCGACUUGUGAAGUCGAUCGAAUGUUUCCCAAGAAGGGUGGUCUUUGUUUCAACUCGUGUCGCUAAUAUUAGCCUUCUUUUGGCGAGGACGGAUACACUGUAGAUUCCGCCACGUACAUGUACUUUAGUGUGGUUCAAGAAGUGGUGUGUUGCAGUUGUAAGGUUGAAGAAGUGGCUCUUGCGUUUGGAACGAGAAACGGUGUACGUUGGUGAUGGAGGAGUGCCUGUUGCCCACAAUCGUCGUUCGAAUGCAUUAGUUGGUUGAAGGGCCGGACAACGCUUGUUUGAAAGUGGACUUUCUUGUCUUCAUCAUGAUGCACAAUGAAGGACACCGUGAUGGCGUCCACAAGUCUACCCAAGUCCACCAGACUAUACUACGUAUUUCCCGUGUUUCAUCCAAUCUGGACUUGAUCGAUCUUGUAGCUCUUCUUCGCGAUAGCGUUGACCUUGUGUCGUGUGGUAUUAUUUCAAUGUGUUCGUGUAGGAGUUGACAGGUAGAGUAUACUGUAGUCGAGGCUGAUAGGAGUUGACAGGUAGAGCACUGUCGUGAUUCCGUGGUCAAAUCGAUAACUAACGACAGUACUCCCUCGAAUCAUCUCUUGUGUGCAAGCAGUGUUCGCGAUCUUCCAUUUCCGUAUUCGCGGUGUCCCUUCACUUCAUGUAGAGUAGUGCGUUCCGAGAAGGGCACCCUCUAUUUUAUAAUGUAGAAGUACAGUAGAGAAAAACAUUUGUGGC